UGUUGGUACCAGAACGCGAAUGGCGUUGAGAGUACAUUGUUGUCAUAUUUUCGGAAAUUUCUAAUGUUUUGAACGUUUUUUCUCGAUAUGUGAAUAAUACUGGUGUUUUUUACAUAUACAUACAGAUCAUCGGCUCAAGAAAGCUCAUAAUUGAAGCUAGCCGAAAGAAGAAUCACUGAAAUCAAUAACACCUUUUUACGAUUUGCCGCAGAAAAUGGAGCCAGGAGAGACAAGAGAACUCCUGGAGCAUGUUGUGAUUAACGAGGUUGCCGCCCCCUCCCAGUACAUGCUAAACAGUGAACUCCUGCAAACCCAGCAUGGCUUGGUGGUCGACAUCUCCGGCAGCGAGUUCAUACCGGUGAAUUAUGCUGCCGACGAACUGAUAGGUCAGGACCUGACGGAGGAAGACCGAAACCUGGCGGCUGCGCUGGUUGCCGUCCAGUUGAGCCAGCAGCAGAAACAGAACCAGCAGCAGCCCAUCCUGCACGAGGCCGUGGCCACGGGCAACACGUUACCGCCUAUUUCGCUGCUGGACAAGACAGCGAGCAACGGUUACUUACAAAUCGUCGGAUCGGAUAAUAUUUAUGUGGAGAAGCAGCCGCUGCCGAAAUUGGCGGACAGCAGCAGGUUUUCUGCAAAACCGCCUACGCCUACCUUUCCAUUCGACGAGACUUCCGGAAUGACCCUCACCUCUGUUAAAACGGAAGAAGAAAAGAAGGACUCCGAUGGGGAGUCAGUUAGAAACGAAACCCGAUCAUCGAAGAAAAGCCUGCCACAUAAGAAGCGAAUUUCACGAAAGCUGAAGAAAACGUGUCCACCAAACGCGAAGAAAAUUACUUGCAAUCUGUGCGAGCAGGACUUCAGCGCCAGCGAGUUUCACCAACACGAAAUUCUCUGCCAGACCACUAUUACACCGGUGAAUCCGAUGAAUUUCAACUGUCAGCUUUGCAACUCUCCAUUCACUGAUCAAUUAAGAUUUUUUGAGCAUCUGAAAAAGCACUACGAACCCCCAUCAAAUAAAGAUCCGUCGACGGUCCCUUCGAAAAAAGAGAAGAAGUCUCCGACACCCGAGCCAGUGCAGAAGCUCAAACAGGAACCGGGAAAGAGUGGCUGGACGGCCGAAGCCGACGCUUCGUCGUCGCCCGUCGUCGAUUCCGAAACGGUCGUUCAACCGGCCGCCGACGUAGCCAAAGGCAACCAGCAACAAGAGAGCCUCCUAAGCUCACUGCUAUGUCUGACCUGCAUUGAAUGUAACAAAACGUUCCGCAGACAGAAAACGUUCGAACAGCACAUGCGAGACGUGCACACGCCGAAAGAGGAAUCUCAGAAUGACGAGUUUAGCGAACCGGAGGACUUCAUGGUCGGCAUUAAUGUGGUUGUGAACGACAACGAUCCCACUUCGGAUUACGACAACGGCGACGUCGAUGAGGAUUCAAAGGCUUGGUAUAAAGAAGAGGACCUUCACCAGGCCGAAGAGGAUUUAAAGGAAAUGGAGGAGAGCAACGGGCAUGUGUGCCAUCUGUGCAAUCAACCGUUUCCGUUGCGAGCCAUUCUACUUCAGCAUUUGGUUACGUGCAGGGUGAUCAAUGCAGACGCCGAACCCGUCAAUCCGGCACCCUCACCCAAAAAGAAAACCAACAAGAAAAAAGGCAACCUCCAGUGUACCGAGUGCGACCGCACGUUCAUCCACAGGAACUCGCUCGUGUACCACAUGCGCAGUCACACGGGUAUCAGGCCGCACCAGUGCGACCAAUGCGGCAAAUCGUUCUUCGCCUCUAGCGCCCUUAAGGUCCAUCUGCGGUUGCAUUCCGGCGACAAACCCUAUUCAUGCACCGAGUGCGACAAGAAAUUCAGACAAUGGGGCGAUUUGAAGUAUCACAUGACCAGCAUUCACUCGAACGAGAAGAACUUCCAAUGCGAGUACUGCGGCAAGGAGUUCGCCAGGAAGUACUCGUUGAUUGUGCACAGAAGAAUCCACACCGGCGAAAAGAACUACAAGUGCGAGUUCUGUAACAAAACGUUCCGUGCCUCGUCGUACUUGCAGAAUCACCGGCGCAUCCACACCGGCGAGAAGCCGCAUGCGUGCGACAUCUGUCUGAAGCCGUUCCGCGUGCGUAGCGACAUGAAGCGUCACAUGAAGACGCACAACCGCAUCCCGCCCGGCCAAUUGGCCAACGCCCAGCCAAAGGUUCAAGGGACGGUCGCGGGUGCCGGCACCGUCGUGAUCCACCAUCAGGAGGCCGAGUACGUGCACGCCAAGGAGGAAAACAGCGACGAGGAGAACACGGCCGAGUUGCACAUCGGGGGCGAUGAGGACGAUCCCUCCCACCAAAUAUUGGAGUACGAGCCGGACACGUUGGAUCCGAGUGGACGCGAAUUGGCGCCGGUGCGCAUGACCAACAGGACCAACAUGUAUAUCAAUGGGAAUGAACUCUUUUUGGUGACAUAUCCCAGCUAAAUAUCAGAAACCCAUUUAUUUUUUCCAUUUAAUCAAGAAUUGAAUUAUAAAUCGUGUAAAUAACUUGGAAUUCAUUGAAUUAGCUUGAGAAUGUCUCUGCUUGUUGCAUCAUAGUUUUAUUUUUAAUUAAGUAAGAUGCUAGUGUUAGAUUUUUUAUGUAACUCUUCUUUAUAUUAUGUAAUAUAUCAUUUGUCAUGACACACACUAAAAUUAUGUUUUAUUAUACAUCAUUCACAUACAAUAAAAUUAUAUUUUCAUGUU